AUGUCUCAUUUCGAGCCCAAUACAUUGACAGCCAGGGAUUCAGAGGUUCAUCAACGCAAACGGAAACGCCUAGCUCAGGCCCUGUCAGACGAUGCACUGCGGCAUUACGAAGAAUUCAUCGUUGCCGAAAGCGACGAGUUGUGCAGCGAGCUGAGGCAGUCAGAUGGUGCCACUCUGGACAUGGCUCACAUAUACUCAGUCGACCACGUCACCUUCGACAUAAUGACUCAGAUUGUCUUUGGCAAGAACUUCCGCACCAUAAGUGACACGACGUACCGAUUCAUCUUAGAAUCCAUGCAGAUCUCGCGGGUCAGGAGCGCUGUGGUAGCCUACAUGCCCAUCGUUGGAGCACUGGGGCUGGAUUGA